GCGUACCUCAGGAUGGUAGCCUUCCACGUUCAGCUUUCUUCCCCAUCAUUGGGCGCACCACUCCUGCAACCUCCCACAGAAUCUGACACCUGCGGGCGGAUGGGAAAAUCGAACACGGUGAACUUCUUGUGACUGUCAUGGAUCAAGUGUAACGCCUCCCUCGAUUUUCCCGCCUCAUUGGCCCAACAAACUCGGUAACUAUGGCUACUUGUCAGCAAGGCUGCACACCAGCCGUGCGCCUUUGUCAGAGGCUGAACCGACUCAAGACGCUCGAUGAUGACAUGAUGGCCACGUCACUGAAACGUUGCCUCUCCACCCUGGACUUGACUCUGUUGGGUGUGGGCGGCAUGGUGGGCUCUGGCCUGUACGUCCUGACAGGCACAGUGGCCAAAGACAUAGUCGGGCCUGCUGUCAUUCUGUCCUUCGUUUUUGCAGGUUUUGCCUCUUUGUUAGCCGCUUUUUGCUACGCAGAAUUUGGAGCACGCAUUCCCAAAACAGGAUCUGCAUACAUGUUUACCUAUGUCUCUGUGGGAGAGAUCUGGGCUUUUCUGAUUGGUUGGAAUGUGAUCCUGGAGAAUAUGAUUGGUGGUGCUGCUGUGGCACGGGCAUGGAGUGGCUAUUUGGACUCAAUUUUUAACCACGCCAUCCAGAACUUUACCGAAAGUCACAUAAUGCGAUGGGACGUGCCCUUCCUUGCCCACUACCCUGACAUACUUGCAGCCGGGAUUCUAUUGGUUGCCUCACUUUUUAUUUCCUUCGGAGUUCAAGUGUCCUCCUACCUUAAUCAUAUCUUUUCCACUCUCAGUAUGUGUGUUGUCGUUUUUAUCCUAAUCUUUGGAUUUAUGUUGGCGGAACCAGCAAACUGGAGCCAGAAGGAAGGAGGGUUUUCACCUUUUGGAUGGUCUGGAAUUUUGGCAGGCUCAGCCACAUGCUUCUACGCAUUUGUAGGUUUUGAUGUGAUCGCUUCCUCAAGUGAGGAGGCCAAGAAUCCACAAAAGGCUAUUCCCAUCGCCACAGCAAUUUCACUUGGACUGGCAGCAACGGCCUACAUCCUGGUGUCCACGGUGCUUACAUUAAUGGUUCCCUGGCAUACGCUGGACCCCAACUCGGCUCUGGCGGAUGCAUUUUUCCGCCGGGGUUACAGCUGGGCUGGAAUUAUUGUGGCAGUGGGUUCCAUCUGUGCCAUGAACACCGUGCUGCUCUGUAAUCUUUUCUCCCUCCCUCGGAUUGUGUACGCCAUGGCAGAAGAUGGGUUGUUCUUUAAAUUUUUUGCACGUGUCAAUCCUGUCACUAAAGUCCCCGUCAAUGCUAUUCUGGUUUUUGGCGUCCUCAUGGCCAUCCUGGCUCUCAUCUUCGAUCUGGAGGCUUUGGUUCAGUUCUUGUCUAUUGGAACCCUCCUAGCCUACACCUUUGUAGCAGCCAGCGUUAUCGUGCUCCGCUUCCAGCCCGGGAAAAAACGCUCCAAAGAAACUUCAUCCGCAUCUCCAACUCUAACCGCUGAACCUUCCCCUGCGCCCUCAGAAUGCCAGAACAUAUCAGAGGACAGUGGGGAGCUGAAACAGUAUGAAUCCUUCUCUGACAAGCUCCAGUUGGUGGAGAGGCAGAAGACGAGAGAGCGCAGGGGUGUGGGGCAGCUGAAGGCCUAUUGGGAACCAUACCUGGGCCGGCUGCUGGGGAACUGCGAGCCAGGGGAGGUGGUGUCCAUCUGUGUACUGGGUGUGUUAGUGACCUCAGUUUCCUUUUGUGGCGUACUUGUAUUUGGUGUCACGGAGCUGCAACUUCCAAGAUGGAGCUACAUCAUCCUACUGGUGAUUUUUAGUCUCGCUUAUGUUCUCUGCCUGGCAGUCAUAUGGCUUCAUGAGCCACAAGCAAACACCAAAACAUUCCAGGUACCUCUGGUUCCACUUACUCCAGGCGUCAGUAUUCUCAUUAAUGUAUUCCUUAUGAUGAAGCUCAGUCCCCUAACCUGGAUUAGGUUCACUAUCUGGAUUGCUGUAGGUCUCUUAGUGUAUUUUGGCUAUGGAAUUUGGCACAGUAAAGAGGGAUUGAGAGAGCUGCAGCCCAAAGACAUGGCUGCCCGGUAUGUUGUGCUCCCCAGCGGUAGCCUGGUAGAAACCGUGGAGUCUAUCCAGCCCGAACAAGCGGAUGCCUCAGCGCCAUGCGUUAACCCGACGUUGACAACUGAGGAGUUUGCUGGAAGAAGAUGAUGUGUGACCGAAUCUAAUGAUUACACCUGCCUGGUUUCUGAUGUCUUCUUUAUCCUCAUCGUUGCUUUUUACACUGCAGACUGGCUUCUUUGCUUUCUGUACGCAUCACUCUCCAAGUAUAAGCACACCAAAGGGUAGGAUAUGCAUCCUCUGUCUUGUGAAGCAUAUUUGUAUUUCUUGUCAUACUCAAAUACAAAGUUGAGACCCUUUUUAGUCAAAUAUAUCUAAUCAAAUAUAUGGAAAAUCACAAGAGGCUGAAAGUUAUAUACUGUAUGGUGCUUUUUUUCCCUGUGACAGCCUUUGUUUAGAUAAACGGUUGUCUUUGUUAUUUUCGAAUGGACCUUAAACAGCAAACCAAAAAUGUCAAGACACCUAGUUAACAUAAUCAGAAGUUCCAGUAUGUCUUGUAUUUUUCUGUAGUCCGUCGGAGAGAUGAUUGUUCUAAAUUAUUGUUUUUCAUAACCUCUUCACAAGCCUCCACUGUCACAGACUUAGAGAAUGUGGAUCUCUUAGCACAGUUCUCAUUAUGGUACAUCUCAACUGCCCUGCCCUGAAUGUAAUUGAUUAUCACUUUUUCAUUUCUUACACUGCAUUAUGUUCUUAUUUAUUAUUUAUUUUCAACAAUUGUGUUUUUUUUUUUUUCAAGUUUUGUGUUUCUGCGACAGUGAUUUUUUUGUGCAUGGGAAAUAUGAACACGCGCUUCCAACUGAAAGAGUUCAUUGCUUCAUCUAAUCUCCUGAAUCUCAUGACUCCGUUCUCUCUUGUGUCACGAUUAGUUUUUUCCUUCAGGCACUGUUGAGCAGCAAUCCUUUCCUAUGUCACGAGAGCAUAAACAUAGAUGUCGAAGAUUAUAGUCAAGACAUUUUAGCACAAAGUUAAAA